UGUUCCUGCUCGCCCUUAUCCUCAUGUCCUGCCCAGUGUUUGUGUGAAACCACGGUGGUGAACUGUGUUAGCCAAGACUUGAGCUCCAUCCCACAGCCCCUUCCAGAAAACAUCACCGCGCUUAACAUCAGUGGAAACGAUAUAAGGAAUCUGAACAAUGAGUCUUUCCCAAGGCCGCUGGAACAUUUAACACACCUUUAUGUGUCUGGAAGCCAAGUGGAGGAAUUGGACUCCAUGGUGUUUAAAAACGUGCCAAGUCUGCGUUUAGUUGACCUCAGCAACAACAGGAUUUCACAGUUCAGCGUUGAGGCUUUACCUCAAGACAACAAGAUCGAGGUUCUAAACCUCAGCAAAUCCUUAUACAAUCACUCCUACAUCGGUGUGUUUGCAGAUCUUUUCAAACACAGCCUGCCUAAGGUUUCCCAUCUUGAUUUGUCCAAUAAUGACCUGGUGCUCCUUCCAGAAGGCAUAUUCACAGGUUUGUCGGACCUCACUGUUUUGGAUUUGAGGAACAACUCCCUUGUUACAAUCAGGAAUGAUACGUUAUGCAAUCGGGCACUUAAAGAGUUGGACUUACGAGACAACGCGUUGAAAGUCCUGCCCAACGUGACCCUAGAGGAGCUCAGUUCGAUCCCUGAUUUGCGAGUUAGACUCGCAGGAAACCCCUGGCGCUGUGAUUGCAAUAUUGAGGACAUGUUGAUUUGGUUGGAGAGACAU